GCGAAAAGCCGGCCCGCGCGCCGUAGCAGCAUAUAGAAUCCAUAAGAAGCGUCCUCGGGUGAAAGCGCCUCGUUUUUAAAGGAUAUUGCUUUUAUUUUAUGUUCCUUUUUCUUUAUUUUCUUUCUGUUUUUUUUUAGAACAGAAACGCUUCGGGAUUCUCCUGUUUGUAAAACAAACCAAAUUCAAACUUGAAAUGCCAGCUAAGACAUCACUAUCCCUCCCAGAGGACGUCAAAAAACGGCUUCAAGUUUUGGAUACGGAUGGAGAUGGUCUUACAGAUGAGGAGCGCGUGAGGGAGACGCUGAGUCUGGUGCUUGGCUACCUGAAGGCAGAUGCCCAGAAUCAGCUCAACAACCUUGAGUCCAAGCUGAAGAAAGAGGAGCUUUCAGUGGAGGGGUACCUGUCUAAAGUCAAGGCCCUGCUUGGCCGGGAGCUGUGCCUGGAGAACGGCAGUUCGGAGCUCAAUGGCCAGGCCAACGGCUGCGCGGAGAACGGGGCGCAUGGUGCCAGCGAUGAAGACUGCGGCCCGAGGAAUGGGCAGGGUGCAGAGGGCACUGUGGAGGCUCGGGAAGAGGAAGGGCUCAAGUCGCCCAGCACUGGCAAGCCCAGAGGGGGCAGAAGGAGCAAGACUGAAGGGGACACAAAGAAAUCUUUCUCCAGUUCCAGGGUCACCAGGAAUUCUGUCAAGCAGCCCACAAUCUUGUCCAUGUUUGCAAAAAGCUCAAGCAAGCGCAAGUCAGAUGAAGUGAAUGGAGAGGAGGUGGCCCCGGUUACAGAAGAGGGAGUAACGGAUGAUGAAGAGAAGGCACAAGAUGAGAAAAGAUUAAAAGUGGAGUCGGAGGAAAAGACUGACACUAAAGCUUCUGUUCAGAAGAAUCCUGUGCCGCCAGCCAAGACUCCACCUCCCAAGUGUCCAGACUGCAGGCAGUACCUGGACGAUCCGGACCUCAAGUUUUUCCAGGGAGAUCCUGAUGAUGCUCUAGAUGAGCCGGAAAUGCUGACAGACGAGCGCCUUUCCUUGUUUGAUGCGAACGAAGAUGGGUUUGAGAGUUACGAAGAUCUGCCUCAGCAUAAAAUCACCAAUUUCAGCAUUUAUGACAAGAAAGGCCAUCUCUGCCCCUUCGACUCGGGUCUGAUUGAGAAGAAUGUGGAGCUGUACUUCAGCUGUGCUGUAAAACCUAUCUAUGAUGACAACCCCUGCAUGGAUGGGGGUGUUCCUGCCAAGAAGCUUGGUCCCAUCAAUGCCUGGUGGAUAACUGGCUUUGAUGGCGGUGAAAAGGCUCUGAUUGGGUUCACUACAGCGUUUGCGGAUUACAUCCUGAUGGACCCCAGCGAGGAGUACGCUCCCAUCUUCGCUCUGAUGCAGGAGAAGAUCUACAUGAGCAAGAUCGUGGUGGAGUUUCUGCAGAAGAAUCCUGAGGCCACUUAUGAAGACCUCCUCAACAAAAUCGAGACCACAGUGCCCCCUGCUGGCUUGAACUUCAACCGCUUCACAGAGGACACUCUGCUGCGGCACGCCCAGUUCGUGGUAGAGCAGGUCGAGAGCUACGACGAGGCCGGGGACUCGGACGAGCAGCCCAUCAUUGUCACCCCCUGCAUGAGGGAUCUCAUCAAACUGGCUGGCGUCACGCUGGGCAAAAGCAUGCUAUUGUACUGGCGUGCUGCAAGGAGGCAGGCCAUCCGCCACCCUACCAAGAUCGAGAAAGAUAACAAGGGCCCCACGAAAGCCACCACCACCAAGCUGGUGUACCAGAUCUUCGACACCUUCUUCUCGGAUCAGAUCGAGCAGAACGACAAGGAGAGCUCUGCCAAGCGCCGGCGCUGCGGGGUGUGCGAGGUUUGCCAGGCUCCUGACUGUGGGAAGUGCACAGCGUGCCAGGAUAUGAUUAAAUUUGGGGGAAGUGGACGCAGCAAGCAGGCCUGUUUAAAGAGAAGGUGCCCGAACCUGGCGGUGAGGGAAGCGGAGGAUGACGAGAACAUAGACGAGGAUGAUGUCCUGCCUGUGCAGACCACGCCCAAGAAGAUGUCUCAGGCCAAAAAGAAGAAGCAGAGCAAGAGCAAGCUGUCCUGGGUGGGGGAGCCCGUCAAGACGGUGGGUAAGAAGGAUUACUACAUGAAAGUCAGUGUGGAAGAUGAAAUUCUGCAGGUUGGGGAUUGUGUGUCUGUGAGUCCAGACGACCCUUCAAAACCCCUCUAUCUGGCCAGGAUCACAGCCUUGUGGGAGGACAACAACGGGAAGAUGUUCCAUGCUCAUUGGUUCUGCCGUGGGACAGACACUGUGCUGGGGGAGUCCUCGGACCCCCUGGAGCUCUUCCUGGUGGACGAGUGCGAGGACAUGCAGCUGUCCUACGUCAAGGGAAAAGUCAACGUCAUGUACAAAGCACCAUCCAACAACUGGUUCAUGGAGGGAGGGAUGGACAGCGAAAUUAAAGUGAUCGAUGACGAUGGGAAGAGCUUCUUCUACCAGCUGUGGUACAACCCUGAAUAUGCGCGCUUCGAAACUCCUCCCAAUGUCAGCCCAGCUGAGGACUGCGAGAUCAUGUUCUGUGACAGCUGUACUCGGACGAAGGAACUCAUGGAGCAGGAGAUUCCCCGGGUGCUGGAGCCGCUUUCUGAGGACCACGAUUCCAAAGUCUUCUACGGCCUGGCCUGCCUGAGGGGGGAGCAGUACAGAGUAGGGGAUGGGGUCUACAUGCUACCAGAGUCCUUCUCCUUCAGUGUGAAGUCCGCCAGUCCAGUGAAGCGACCACACAGGAAGGAUGACGUGGAUGAGGAGCUGUACCCUGAAUAUUACAGGAAGUCCUCAGACUACAUCAAGGGCAGCAACCUGGACGCCCCCGAGCCCUUCAGGGUGGGCCGCAUCAAGGAGAUUUUCUGCCUGAAGCGGAGCAACGGCAAGCCCAACGAGACUGAGAUCAAACUGCGCCUGUACAAGUUCUACAGGCCGGAAAACACUCACAAAGGGCCCAAAGCAGGGUACCACACUGACAUCAACAUGCUGUACUGGAGUGACGAGGAGGUGACUGUGGACUGCAAGGACGUGCAGGGGCGCUGCACUGUGGAGUAUGGGGAAGACCUGAUAGAGUCUGUGCAGGAGUACUCCAGCGCGGGACCCGACAGGUUCUACUUCCUGGAGGCGUACAACUCCAAGACCAAGAGCUUUGAAGACCCUCCGAACCACGCCCGCAGUGCUUCACACAAAGGGAAAGGGAAGGGAAAAGGCAAAGGGAAAGGCAAGGGAAAAUCCUCUUCCUCCACGGUUCAGGAGCAGCUGGAUCAGGAGCCCCAGGAUCUGAAGCCCCACAAGCUGCGUACCCUGGAUGUCUUCUCUGGGUGUGGUGGGCUUUCUGAGGGAUUCCACCAGGCCGGGGUUGCGGAGACACUGUGGGCCAUCGAGAUGUGGGACCCCGCGGCUCAGGCUUUCCGCCUGAACAACCCGGGCACCACCGUCUUCACGGAGGACUGCAACGUCCUGCUGAAGCUGGUCAUGUCUGGGGAGAAGACCAACUCCCUGGGGCAGAAGCUCCCUCAGAAAGGGGAUGUGGAGAUGCUGUGUGGAGGUCCCCCCUGCCAGGGCUUCAGUGGCAUGAACCGCUUCAACUCCCGCACCUACUCCAAAUUCAAGAACUCCCUGGUGGUCUCCUAUCUCAGCUACUGUGACUACUACCGGCCCAAGUUCUUCCUGCUUGAGAACGUCCGGAACUUCGUGUCCUUCAAGCGUUCCAUGGUGCUGAAGCUCACGCUGCGCUGUUUGGUGCGGAUGGGGUACCAGUGCACCUUCGGAGUGCUGCAGGCAGGGCAGUACGGAGUGGCACAGACCCGCAGGAGAGCCAUCAUCCUGGCUGCCGCCCCUGGGGAGAAGCUGCCCAAAUACCCAGAGCCUCUGCAUGUGUUUGCCCCCCGUGCCUGCUCUCUGAGCGUGGUGGUGGAUGAGAAGCGAUACGUCAGCAACAUCACAAGGGUGAACAGCGGGAUAUAUAGAACUAUCACAGUUCGGGACACCAUGUCUGACCUCCCUGAGGUUAGGAAUGGGGCCUCUGCACUGGAGAUCUCCUACAAUGGGGAACCCCAGUCCUGGUUCCAGAGACAGAUCCGAGGCUCACAGUACCAGCCUAUCCUACGAGACCAGAUCUGCAAGGACAUGAGCGCACUGGUGGCGGCCAGAAUGAGGCACAUCCCCCUGGCACCAGGCUCAGACUGGCGUGACCUCCCCAACAUCGAGGUGCGCCUGAGUGACGGCACCACUACCAAGAAGUUGCGCUACACACACUCGGACAAGAAGAACGGGCGAAGCAGCUCUGGGGCGCUGAGGGGCGUCUGCACCUGUGCAGAAGGCAAGCCCUGUGACCCAGCUGACAGACAGUUCAACACCUUGAUUCCCUGGUGUUUGCCACACACUGGGAACAGACACAACCACUGGGCCGGGCUGUACGGCAGGCUGGAGUGGGAUGGCUUCUUCAGCACCACAGUCACCAAUCCUGAGCCCAUGGGCAAGCAGGGUCGUGUUCUCCACCCAGAGCAGCACAGGGUGGUCAGCGUGAGGGAGUGUGCCAGGUCUCAGGGCUUUCCUGACACAUACAGGUUAUUUGGCAACAUCCUUGACAAGCACAGACAGGUGGGGAAUGCAGUACCGCCACCUCUUGCCAAAGCCAUUGGCCUGGAGAUCAGGAAGUGUGUGCUGGAGAAGAUGAAGGAGGGUUCCUCAGAGAAUGUGAAACAGGAGAAGAUGGAAAUAUCAGACUAGCCAUGUGCUCUGGACUACAAACGGCUGCCUCUAAAUGGGGUUUCAUGUAAUGAUGUAAUGCUCUGAAAUUACCCACCCCCCCCACCACCACCACCACCCUCGCAUAUCAAUGAACAGUGAGAGAUCGCUGACAUGCGUGUAAUUUUACAGAGAAAAUGUGCAGUGCCAUUUUGUGUAUUUUUUUUAAUGUGAUUUUAACCGUGUAUUUGCAACAGUCCCCUUCUUGCAAGUGGGAAAAUUGUAUGUAGUUUUUAUAUGUUGUAAUAUUUCAAAUAAAGCUCUUAUUAAAUGGUAA